AUGCAGCAUUCACUAACCAGAGAUGAAGUUGGAAAGUAUAGCCGACAGCUUUUGGUAAAUAGUUUUGGUGUUCAAAGUCAAGAGAAGCUGAAGAACGUAAAAGUAUUAAUCUUAGGAGCGGGGGGUCUUGGGUGUCCUGUAGCUACUUAUUUAGCAGGAUCAGGCGUUGGAACUAUUGGAAUCGUUGACUAUGAUCACGUUUCUGAAGACAAUCUUCAUAGACAGGUCGCUCAUAAAGAACAGAAUGUCGGCAAGCCGAAGACAGAAUCUCUAAAGGAAUCCAUCGAAAGUUUGAAUCGUUUAGUUAAAGUAAUUUGCCACAAUGUCUUGCUUAACAGACAAAACUGUCUAGAAAUUGUUAAACAGUAUGAUAUUGUUGCUGAUUGCAGUGACAAUCCCGCCACUCGAUACUUGAUCAAUGAUGCUUGUGUUUUAACUAACUUGCCUUUGGUUAGUGGUAGUGCUUUGAGAUGGGAUGGUCAAUUAACUGUAUAUCAUUACGGAAAGGAGGGACCUUGUUAUAGAUGCUUGUAUCCCUGUCCUCCCGAUGCUUCACUGGUCACCAAUUGCUCGGAAGGAGGAGUAUUGGGACCAGUAGUGGGAAUUAUAGGAUGCAUGCAAGCACUAGAAGUUAUCAAGAUUGCGUCAGGAUUGGAACCGUCUUAUUCUGGAAAGUUAUUCUUAUUCUCUGGACUACAGGGGCAAACAAGAGCAGUAAAUAUCCGAAAAAGGUCUCCAGCAUGUGCCGUUUGUGGUGAUGCUCCAACAGUUACUGAGCUAAUCGACUAUAACGUUUUUUGUGGUGCCAGCGCAGAUGAUAAAGCACCCUCCUUGAAUAUUUUGCUAGACGAUGAAAGGGUAUCUGUGCAUGAUUAUAACGAGCUUAGAAAAAACUGCAAGCCACUGUUGAUUGAUACAAGACCUACCAAUGAGUUUGAUAUUGCAAACUUACCAGAAGCGAAAAAUUUGACUUUGAACCUUCUCAAAAAGUAUUCCGCAGACGAAAUACGCCAAGUUUUGGGCUUAGAAGAAGGGAACAAGAGUCAUAUAUAUGUAAUAUGUCAUCGUGGAAACGAUUCGCAGCUGGGAGUUGAAUUGCUCAGGGAUAAAAUGAAACCGAACCCUGUUCAAGAUGUACGGGGAGGUUAUGAUUCUUGGGCGAAGUUGAUUGAUGUUAACUUUCCUACGUACUAG